AACGAAUACGCUUUUAGCGAAUAUAAAUCCAAUAUGAAUAUAGUCCAAAGUAGGAUUCGGUUUUCGCACUCCAAAGAAAGAAAACUGCACGGUCCAGAAAGCAUUGCGGCAGACAAUCGGCGGUACGGGAAGUUACGGGUCCCAUCAGAAGCAUGAAUUACGCUCGCUUUCUGACAGCUGUGAGCGCGGCGAGAAGACCGUCCCCUAUUCGCAUACUGACGGAGCUUCAGCAGCGAUCUCCCCCAUCUUUGAUCUCUCUGGCCGGAGGAGCUCCCAAUCCCAACACCUUCCCGUUCCAGUCGGCUACCAUUAAAGUGAAGGGAGGCGAAGAGCUGGUGCUGGACGAGUCGCUGAUGAAGAGAGCGCUACAGUACUCCGGCUCAUACGGUAUUCCUGAGCUGCUCUCGUGGAUGAAGGAUCUUCAGAAAAGCCUCCACAAUCCUCCCACCGCCGGCUUCAGUCCAGAGAGAGGACAGAUGGAGAUGUGUGUCACCACCGGCAGUCAGGAGGGGCUCUGCAAAAUCUUUGAGAUGCUGGUCAGUUCUGGAGACAACGUCCUCCUCGACGCUCCCACGUACUCAGGAACGCUGGCGGCCCUGCAGCCGCUGGGCUGUAACCUCAUUAACGUGCCGAGCGAUCAUCACGGGAUGAUCCCUGCAGACCUGAGGAGGAUUCUGGGGCAGUGGGACCCCGCAGAGGCACAGAAACCAGGAAGCAGCGUCCCGAGAGUCCUGUACACCAUCCCGAACGGAGGCAAUCCCACCGGAGCGUCCAUGACCCAUGAGAGGAAACAGGAAGUCUAUGAGCUUGCCAGGAAAUAUGAUUUUCUUAUCAUUGAAGAUGACCCAUACUAUUUCCUGCAGUUCCAAAAACCGUGGGCUCCAACGUUUCUGUCAAUGGACGUAGACGGCCGCGUCCUACGAACGGAUUCCUUCUCUAAGAUCCUGUCGUCGGGCUUGCGGAUAGGGUUCGUCACCGGACCGAAGCCUCUGGUGGAGCGAGUGGUGCUGCACAUCCAGGCCUCCACGAUGCACACCAGCACCUUCACACAGCUCAUGGUCUCUCAGCUGCUUCAUAACUGGGGUCCAGGUGGUUUUCUCCAGCACAUUGACGGGGUGAUUGACUUUUACAGAUCUCAGAGGAACAGCAUGCUCUCCUCCGCAGACAAAUGGCUCAAAGAUGUAGCUGAAUGGCAUCCUCCCAUGGCCGGCAUGUUCCUGUGGAUUAAACUCAAGGGCAUUGAAGACACACAGCAGCUGAUAAUGGAGAGAGCGUUAGAGAAAGAGGUUCUUCUGGUUCCUGGAGGAGUUUUCAACAUCAACAGCUCAGAUCCGUGUCCGUACGUUAGAGCCGCCUUUUCCCUCUCCACUCCUCAACAGAUCGAUGAGGCUUUUAGGAGACUCGCUGAUCUCAUCAAGGAAGCCAUGUGAGCGGCUGAUUCCCAGGAAGAGGAAUCAAGGGGCUGAAAUCUAUUAAAUGCUGCUGUCGCAUGCCACAUAUACACAAUGUCCCACUUUUAUUUCCACCUUUCAGAUCGUACAGAUGAACAAAC